UAACAUUCCGAAUUUGAAAGCGUGGGAAUCAGCGAAAGCACAAAACGGAAAAAGAAAAGACGAACGGAGACUCUCCUCUUUGUUCACAGCAAUGCAGACGCUACUUCUGCCGGCAACACGCGCCGGCAGCUUCACGGCGGUUCCGCUCUCAGCCUCUGCCGUCGCCGCCCCUCGUCUCCCGCAACCAUUUCUCCGCCCGAAUUCCUUGCCCUCAUUCCCUCUCAAUUUGACUCUUUCUUCUUCCUCAUUUAGUAACUCCAUCGCUCGUCAACCAUGGACGAAGCUUCCCUUCACCGCAAGCGCUUCUUCGCAAGUAUCUCCGGCUUUCACUCCCUCCAACGACGAAUCAGAAAAGGCCAAACUCGAGCUGGUGGCGAAGAGGUUGGAGAAGACGGCAAGGUACUUCAAGCGUUUGGGUAACUUAGGGUUUUGGGGCCAACUAGUGUGCACCGUCGUGGCUGCCGUCAUACUCUCAUUCUCCGUCAUCGUCACCGGAAAAGUGACAUCUCCGGCCACGUUUUAUGCCACAGCGGGUGGAAUAGUUGCUGCCUUCAUUUCAGUGUUUUGGUCCUUUGGCUAUAUUCGCCUCUCUGAGAAGCUUCGAAAAACUUCAAAUGACCCUACCAAGGCACCUCCUCGUGCUGAUGUAGUGAAAGGCUUGAAAAAUGGUAUAGUUUUGAACCUGUUGGGGAUGGGUGCUGCUAUUCUUGGGAUGCAAGCCACGGUUGGAAUAUUAGUUGCUAAGGCUCUCACUUCCUCGGCAAACCCGUACUAUCAGGGAAUUUCUCCUGGUAGCACCCCAGUGCUCGCAUUGGAUGUAUUUUUGGUGCAGGCUUCAGCGAACACUAUUCUUUCUCAUUUCCUUGGGCUUGUUUUCUCACUGGAGUUGUUGCGAUCAGUCACAUUACCACCUUCAGAAGCAACUCCAUUUCCCAAGUUUGCAUAAUAUAUGCCUCGAGACUAGUAUAAUGAAAUCACACACCCAAAAAUUGUCCCUCGUUUCCUGUGGUUGUUUGCUUAAUUAAUUGUGUUCAGCGUUUUGAUACAGCGUUUUGAGGCCCUCUUCCUAGGCAAUUGGCCUCAUUGUGUAUUUCCAAUUUUAAAAGAACCUGUACAAUAUUGCUAAUAAGAAUGAUAACUCCUCAACAAAUGAAGAUCCUUGGGCAGAUGAUUACAGUGGCAGGAGUAGAUCGCAUUGUCUUCACUCAGCUUUGGAGUUUUCACUUACUUUCAUAGCUUGUCUACGGUAAGUGUCAACAGGAGAAAUUUCAAAACGCAACUUUGAAAUAAUUGUAUAUUAUACCUGUCAUGCAAUCUGCGGGUUUUUGUUUCUUUUCAAAAUACAUGCCGGCUUGUUUGACAGUAUGAUGUGGAGUCCUUGUCUGAGGAAACAGAUUUUUUUUGUUAGGGUUACUUUUUGCCCAUGAUUUUGUAUUUGCAUCACUCUUUAUUAUGCAUCAGAAUCUCGUACAGUAUUGGUUUGGGUUCA